AUUUAAUACAAUAACAAUUUUUAAUGUAUUGUUUUUCAAUUUAUUUACAGACAGUCUUACUGAAGCAUGAUCAAAGGCCAAAAGAGCAGAGGACACAUUAAACCUGGAUACAGCAAAAAAAAUGCAUUGAAAUGUGUUAGAAGAUGUAAAAUAAUUAGUUCCUCUGAGAACGAAGAAGAAGAUUACGAUCAGAUUAUACCAAGUAAAAAGAAAACUUGGCACAAAAAAAGAAUACCGGAUUCUUUUUGUGUUACUCAAGUAAAAAAAUCUACUCCAUCUUUCAUUCACAAAGAGACUCAUUCAAUAAGAGAAAAUUUGCUGAAUCUUUAUGGAAGUGAUAUUGAGUUGAACAAUUGUGAAUCUAAUGUUUUACCAGCUGCAACACUAAACUUUGAAACAGAGAAGUGAGUCUGUAAAUCUACAGAUGAUUGCUAAUUUAUUAGCAACUGUUAUUAGCAAUCAGGAAGAUAUGAAAAAAACUCAAGCAAUCCAUACAGCACAAAUUCAAUCAAUUUGUUGCAAACUUGAUUUAAAUGAUCAUAUCUCUGCAAAUCUUCCAGGUAUUCCAUUACCAGCUAAGUCAAUAAAAGAAAUAAAUAUUGUAACACAGAAGCUAGAAAAUCCCGGAAUAAAGUAAA